UGAUAUCUUCUCUAAUACCAACUUUUACAAAAUCUUUUGUCCUAAGUUUAUCUCAGAUACUCAAUCUAGUCAUUGAACUUCAUCAUACUAGAAGAAGAAGAAUAAGAAGUCGGUUUUCGAAACCGAACUAUGAAUCAUUCCAAACGUCAUAGAAAGUUAAACUUAAACGCGCCAAUUAUGUCAACACGUCGUCUUGGUUCCGUCGUUGCAGACACAUCUUUGUCAUCAAGUUCAUUAGGUACAUUUCAAAAGACAAGUGAAAGAGUUCCGUUUUCAUGGGAGAAAGAACCAGGAAAGCCGAAAGAUACAGAGAGGAAUGGCUCGAAAUUACCACCCUGCCAUCGUUUGUUUCCACGAAAAGAAGCGGCUGAUCAAUCUGAUGUAGAAAAUGGUUGUGAUGAAGAGGAUUAUAUUGACAAUAAUGACGAUCUUUACUCAGAUGCUAUGGAUGAUGUGUUUUCUUUAUCAGAAGCAUUGGAUAUUGUUCAAAGAAAAUCAGAGAAAGCUCAUAGUGAUAACAAUAAUAGUUUGAAGUUAAAGCUUGCAGAGUGCAGUGGCUACCAAUCCCCUACUUACAUGAUCAACCGUUUUCUUCCGGACGCAACCGCUUUGGCUGCAUCAUCGUCUGCUUUAAAUUUUCAUAGUGAUUUUGAAGAGAAUGUUUGUAAUACUUGUAGUUAUCCAGAAUGUUAUUUAUCAGAAUCAGGUAGACAUUCACAUUCAUACGCUUAUGCUUCUUGUUCUUCUUCUUCUCCAAAGGGAUGUGGUCUUGAAACUUUCUUCCCUUGGAGAACUAUGAAGCAUAAGUUUUGUGCUAUAGAGAGCCCUGUACUGCCAUGCUCCACGACUACGACAAAUCUGCAGAAACAUCAGCGCAACUCGAGAGAGUCGGGACAGAAGAAACAACGGUCAUCACCUUACAUCCCUUGCACGAAUGUGAAGAAAGAUGUUUGAUGAAUCAAGAUAGUUUCUUUUUCUUUUUGAUCUAGACCCUCCGUGCAGUUUGAGUUGAGUCGGGUGGACUCGGAAGAUGAUAAAGUUCUACCAACGCUAUUUUUUCAUUCAUAAGACUUGAAUUCAAAACCUUAUUUAAGGGGAACCAAAGUCAAUCUUGUUUGAACCAACAAGCGUUGGUUAGUCGAACUAGUUCUUUGAUUCAUUCAUUUUACCUAGUAUAUACUAAAUCUUUU